AUCGCUCUCCUUGGACUCUCCGUUCCGCCGUGCCGGGCCGCAAGUAUCGCGGGAGCCGGGCGGUGCCGCAGCCAUUGGGCGGCACAGCGGAGGAGAGGCGGACACACACGGAGCCGAGAGCCGGGCAGCGCCGGCCGCAUCCCGUCCCGUUCCCGGCAGCCAUGAGGAGGCGGCGGGCGGCGCCGCGCUGUGCCCCGGGCGGGGGCGGCGCUGGGGGGCGGCGCUGAGGCCGCUCCGUCGGGGCUGAGCGCUGCUCGGGGUCGGAGCUUCUCGCGUUUGAUAACUUUCGGUGUGUGCCGGCCGUCCGUGCUCUGCUGCCGCUUCCAGCUGAGCCACACUGACAAAGGGUGAGAGCAAAAAGCAGUCGGAGGAAACCGCUGGGCUGGGAAAUGGAUGGAUGCCUCAGAGAGAAGCCUGGAUUGGGGUAAUCAGCAGGUGCUGGGACAGCUAUCUUGUGGUUCAGCUCCAAGGCUGUGUGUGGGGACGUGGCUGAAGCACAGCUCCCAAUGCUGGUAUGGAAUGCAGCGUAUAAUGGUACAAGUGAGGUGUCUGCAUGUCAUCUAACUUAGCAGAGAAUCCCAGAGCUGUGGGGGCUGGAAAGGACCUCUGGAGCUCCCCCAGGCCAACCCCACAGCAGUUCUCUACAGCAGCUGCACACAGAGUGUCCAGUGGGAUGCAUGCCUUUGCUUCCAUGUUGGAUUCUAGCUGUGGGAGUUUGGUGCUUCUCAGCAACGGCGUUCUUUCUUUAGCACUUUAACUGGAGAGGAAGCAAAGCGAUGAGGAGAUUUGUUUACUGCAAGGUGGUGCUGGCCACUUCUCUCAUGUGGGUGCUCGUGGACGUCUUCUUACUUCUGUACUUCAGUGAAUGUAAUAAAUGUGAUGACAAGAAAGAGAGGUCCCUCCUGCCUGCUCUGAGGGCUGUCAUUUCCCGAAACCAGGAAGGACCCGGCGAGAUGGGGAAGGCAGUGCUCAUCCCAAAAGACGACCAGGAGAAGAUGAAAGAGCUGUUUAAAAUCAACCAGUUUAACCUUAUGGCCAGCGACCUCAUUGCUCUGAACAGAAGCUUGCCAGACGUGAGGCUGGAUGGGUGCAAGACCAAAGUGUACCCUGACGAGCUCCCAAACACCAGCGUGGUCAUCGUGUUCCACAACGAGGCCUGGAGCACCCUGCUGCGCACUGUGCACAGCGUGGUCUCCCGCUCCCCGCGUCGCCUGCUCGCCGAGAUCAUCCUGGUGGACGAUGCCAGCGAGAGGGAAUUUCUGAAGGCCUCGUUGGAGAACUACGUGAAGAAGCUGGAGGUCCCAGUGAAGAUCCUCCGGAUGGAGCAGCGGUCGGGGCUGAUCCGUGCACGGCUGCGGGGGGCAGCAGCUGCCCGGGGGCAAGUGAUCACCUUCCUGGAUGCACACUGUGAGUGCACCCGUGGCUGGCUGGAGCCACUGCUGGCCAGGAUCCGGGAGGACAGGAGGACUGUCGUGUGCCCAAUCAUUGACGUGAUCAGUGAUGACACGUUUGAGUACAUGGCUGGGUCAGAUAUGACUUAUGGAGGGUUCAACUGGAAGCUGAACUUCCGCUGGUACCCCGUGCCCCAGAGGGAGAUGGACAGGAGGAAGGGGGACAGGACCUUGCCUGUAAGGACCCCUACUAUGGCUGGUGGCCUAUUUUCUAUUGACAGAAACUACUUUGAAGAGAUAGGAUCUUACGAUGCAGGAAUGGAUAUCUGGGGUGGAGAGAAUCUUGAAAUGUCUUUUAGGGUUUGGCAGUGUGGUGGCUCCCUUGAGAUUGUCACGUGCUCACACGUUGGCCAUGUCUUCCGUAAAGCAACCCCUUACACCUUCCCUGGUGGCACGGGACACGUCAUCAACAAGAACAACAGGAGGCUGGCAGAGGUCUGGAUGGACGAGUUUAAAGACUUCUUCUAUAUAAUAUCCCCAGGCGUUGUGAAGGUGGACUAUGGCGAUGUGUCGGCCAGGAAGGCGCUGAGAGAAGCCCUGAAGUGCAAACCCUUCUCGUGGUACCUGGAGAACAUCUAUCCAGACUCGCAGAUCCCGCGGCGCUACUAUUCUCUGGGAGAGAUCAGGAACGUUGACACCAACCAGUGCUUGGACAACAUGGGCCGCAAGGAAAACGAGAAAGUGGGCAUCUUCAACUGCCACGGCAUGGGAGGAAACCAGGUGUUUUCCUACACAGCAGACAAGGAGAUCCGUACGGAUGAUCUAUGCCUGGAUGUGUCGCGGCUGAACGGCCCGGUGACCAUGCUCAAGUGCCACCACAUGCGCGGGAACCAGCUCUGGGAGUACGAUGCUGAGAAGCUCACCCUGAGGCACAUCAACAGCAACCAGUGCCUGGACGGGCCAUCGGAGGAGGACAAGCUGGUCCCCAGCAUGAAGGAGUGUGUGGGCGGCCGGUCCCAGCAGUGGCUGCUGCGCAACAUGACGCUGGGGGCCUGACAGCACAGCCCAGCCCCAUGGCUCCUGCUGACACGCAGCCCUCAGGCCUACUGGAAACCUCUCGCCCACAGGAGGCCCCAGGCCCGCUGGAAACCACAGCCCUGUUGGAGGCCUCACACCCACAGGAGGCCCACCGAGCAACAGAGCCGUGCUGUGUUGUCCUCCAGCAGGGCUCCACCUGCCCCCUUCAGCCCCGUGACUGCUCAAAAGAAGUGCAUUGGAGCUUAUAAAUAUCAAAACCUGCACCGUUAGCAACGCGAAUGUCCUCAGUGACUGUUUCAAGAGAAAACUUUGUGAAAUUUGGUUGGAGAUGUUGGUGUGUGUGGUACGUCGUGCUGCAGAGCGGUGGCAUGACAUGAAAUGCCUUAUGGAGCUGAUGGUGCUGGGAAUGACAGCCAGAGGUUUUACAGCCUCCAUGUGUUGUUACCUGGCUUUCCUGGCAGUGCGAUGGGAUGCUGGCAGUGGAGAAGCCCUGCUCUGGACAGGCCACUGAGGUGGUGCGUGGAGUUUCUGAUGCCAAGAGACAACGGGAUACCCACGUGUGUGUGUGUGAAACAGCAGCAAAAUGGAGCGUGUUCAUACACUGAGAUUAAAUGAAGCAACAAAGGAGACAUUGGAACAAUGCUAAGAAGGAGUGACACGCGUUGAAAUCUGCAGUAGGGGGACUGUGUUAGGGUUAGGGCCUGCAACCUCACACCUGGGAGACUUAAAGGGUUUUUGCUGCUUGCACUAAAUUGGUCUUCUGUGAGAAACAGAGACCAGGUGUCAGGCUGGACCCAACCUGCAGCUGCUGCUUUUGAGCAUCCCUGUGUCCCUGCAUCCCACGUGAAAGGCAGUUGGGAGCAUUCCUCCAGGGAUCCCCUAUCACAGUGGGUAAAACUGUGGGCCGGGUCCGGCUCCAAUAGAGAUGGCAGAUGCUUAUCUAUAUUUUUAAUAAUUUUGUGGCUUAAUCAUUUUGCUUUGUUAGCAUGGUUAUUAAAGAAGCACUGAUGACACGCAGUCAUGUCGGAGGCAUCCCAGGAGCUAAUGUGUUGGCCUGUGGCUGGGUAUGGGAAGGUGAGCUAUCCAUGGCAGUAUCAUUUCCAUUGGCCAUUGCAGCAGAGAUUCAUGCUAUCAUGGAUCAGUAUUCUCAAAUGUAGAUAGUAGAGAUUCGUAAGCCAUUCAUAUUUUCCAGAUAUGUAUCAUUACAUGAAAUCUAGAAGCCUGUUCAAGUUGAGAAGUGUUUGCUGCACGUGCAUGGGAGCUGCCAUGUCACAGCAGCUGGCACGUCCAUCCCGACAGCCCCGCUCAGAGCGCUGUCAGGCACUUCCAGUCUCAAAGUUCCACCAGAACUAUUCAGUAUAUCCUGAUGCUUUUGCUUGUUUUUGCAGAAGUAAAAGUUAUGGAAGGUCCUACAGCAUCCAUGAGCAAUAGGAGCAUGCACUCUUGGUGCCAACUGCUUCCAGUGUGACUGUGUCGCUGACAGAGCAUCCCCAGUGCACGAGGUGGUGGUUGCUGCACCUCUUAAGGGCUGUGUUUGCACUGGGAGGUUCUCCUGGCAUCAUUGCUUGAAGGUGCUGAGAGGUGCAAGCAGUCUGCCAUUGGUUAGGCUUGAGGUGCGGUCUCAGAGUGGCCGAGACUGAGAAAUUGCAUUCUGACUUAGGGAAAAAAGCGCUGGAUUUAACCUCAGACACAGUGGAUGUUCCUGUUGGCUCGAAUCCCAGACCUACCUCCUUGAUGAGGGGUCAGAUCUUGGAUCUGUCUCCUUUGAGUGAAUAUGGAAAACCCCCAGGUCCUCCCAGAAGAAUUUCACAUAAACCUCUCAUGUAGAAUGAGGUGUUAGUGAUGAGGGGCACCUUAAAUGCUGGUAUAACAUCAAGGGUGAUGAGUUGUGAUGCAGGGAAUGAAUGUAAGUUUCUGCGUGCUUAGACCCCAGUCUUUCCUCCAUCUCCUAAAUGUCUGUGUUUCCUUGGCAGAUCAUUUGAGAUCUCUCCUUUGGUUGCGUGCCCACAAAGGGGAGCACUCAGAGUCACAGGCCACAUCUGAUAAGCACGGUUCUGUUUGGCACCCCUUUCAUUAAAUACCUCCAAAGGGUGUUGGGAGGAGUGGCUUCUAUUUGCACAAUGUGUUUAAAAUAAAGAGAACUCUACGAAUAAUAAAUAUAAUUAUUUUAUCAUUUUCACCAGAGAAUUGUGUUAAGAAUGGCACUGAUAGAGUGAGGGCCAGUCAUAGUGUGAGGGUCAAAGUGUUGGGAUCUGAGCAGCUAGACCAGUUUCUCUGCACACAUUUCCCAGUCAGUAGAAGGAUUUCAUUCUUUGAAGAACGUUUUGAAGAGAAGCUGUGUGCUUUGCUGCAAAACUCUGCGUUCUGGCUUUGUAUCUGCACCUUCUGGUUGUGUCUGCUGUGGGUGCUGGGCAAAGCCUCUGGGCUCCCUGGGCUCUGUGCUAUCUAAAAGUCCUUGCAUUCCCCAUGUGGAACAACCUGGGGACGCAAAGGGAGUUGGUGAGCCCCAGUCUGUCCCAGCAGCAGGAGCAGCCCUGGGCUGGUGGAGCUGGGUGGACGCCAGCAACAUCCAUGGCUUUGUGUCAGCGCUUCUCCAACACUUGGUCGCUUGCAUCAAGGGUUGCUGCUCCAGCAGGUUGCCAUCCCUGCUUAGUUCUCUUCUCCAUGUUCAGGCCAGCUUGGUAAGUGGGCCUUCAUGAACACCUGGGGCACACAGCUACUGGGGGAGCGAUGGGGUCGCGGUUGGCUUUGGUGAAGUGGUGGAUGGCACAAAGCAUGGCGGCCUGGGGCCUUGCUUAGUGGCGCUAAGUGUGAGGAUUAACUGAAGUUUAUAAAGGUAGAUUGUGGGUAAAGAAUUGCACAUUUGAAAUGUCGUAACAGUUAUUAAAUGGCAUCCUGGUACUCUUUGCUGUACAUUUAAAUAUUUAUACAUUUUUGUAGAAUUAAAAUAUACUGGUUUAGUUUUC